UUGUGUGUGGAAACACAUGUACACACUGAGAUGAGACGUAGAAGAAGUAAAAGCGUAUAGUUAUAAUGUUUACAGUUAUAAUGUAGACAUGAUAUUAAAUUAGUUAGUCAGUAGCAGUAGUUAUUAUUUUCUGUGGUUGACAGUUAUGGACGGGGUCCGGUGGGCGUUCCGGUUCGGUUCAUGGGUCCCGACACGUUCAGAGUGGAUACUAGCGGCUCGCUGCGUUCAGCUUGAGGAAAAAGAGAGAAUCGGACAUUUUGUGUUCGCCAAAGAUGCGAAAUCUGCAAUGGCUGGACGUCUGCUGAUCAGAAAGCUGGUGUGUGAGAAGAUGGGUUAUGCAUGGGACGGAUUUCGACUGGAACGAACAGCGCGGGGUAAACCCUACCUGCCACGCCCUUCACCUUCCUCAGGCCCCGCCCAUAGCCACAUCCACUGGAACUUUAACGUGUCCCAUCAAGGAGAUUACGCGGUGCUGGCAGCCGAACCUGGACGACAGGUGGGCGUUGAUGUCAUGAAGACCAGCAGACCAGGAAGUAGCUCAACACAGGAGUUUUUCCGCAUUAUGAAUCGUCAGUUCACAGAUCUGGAGUGGCGGAAUAUCCGGAAAGCCGGGUCGGACUGGGACCAACUGGACACGUUCUACAGACACUGGGCACUGAAGGAAAGUUUCAUCAAAGCGAUCGGCACAGGGCUGGGCUUCGACCUGCAGAGGGUGGAGUUUCACAUUUCACCCAAUCAGAUGCGAGAGGGUCAAGUGUACCGCCAGACACGAAUGUACCUGGAUAAUGAAGAAGAGGAGUGGACGUUUGAGGAGAGCUUAUUGGAUAAAGAUCAUCAUGCUGCCGUGGCUCUGGGAAAGCAAGAUAUCUGCACAUCUAAAGAAGAUGAGGCCCCGCCCCUUUUAUUCACACUUUUGAGUUUCAAUGAUCUGGUAUCUAGAGCCACACCCCUAUCAGAGGAAGAUCCCGCCUACUGGGAAAGCUUUCAUAGAAAAAAGGACGCGCCUUCAAGACAAAGUGAACAGCAGUGACGCCAACAAUGGCAUAAGAAUCCUAUUACCAUUUUAUUUGAUUUUAUUUAUGUACUGAAGUCAUUAUGGAAAAUUAUCUAGUUUUGAAAAUAUAAAGUAAUGUAAAUAAAUAACU